CAACUGGUGAACCCCUGGUGACAGGUCGAUCUCGCCUGAGGUUGCGGAUUAGCUCCCGGGCAUGGGAUCGUGUUCACUGCUGUAGGUUCUGUGUGUCUUAACAGGCAAGUCUGAUAGAGCAUGUGGAAGCACAUCAAUGAAGGACACAGCACACUCCUGCUGCCCUCCUGGCCAGGCCUCAACUACAUGUAUCACUAACGCCUACUCGCGUUGAAGGGACGGUAUACCCACUGAAUGUGCACGAGAUGUCGCCUACCAGGCUCUGUCCAUCAUGUGCUGGGUUGGAUAUCCGUGCCCUGUUCAUGGCGGCUGCGAAAGCGUCACCAGGUUCACCCACACAUUGGGCACCGCCGCUCAGCGAUCGCUCUCGCCGACGCCGGGACGGUGUGUUUAGAUUCUAUCAACUGCACGCCAAUCUCCGGGUACUGAAGGAGUCGGCCAAUUGGUGCGACUUCUGCAAGGCUAUCUGCACACAAUUCUUACGGUUGCGCGAAGGCAAGGAGAUCACAGACGAAGAGCUAUCGUCUGGGGUAAGUACGCAGCCUGUGUAUCUAGAUAUCGAUGACUGGGAGCUAGGGGUUUCUCGAGCCCCGCACGUUAUUGUGACGCAGUACUCACCGAUGGAAGAUACCGACACAGGAGAGGAGCCCGUUGGCAGACGCCUUGCCUACUUCGAGGUAUGCGAGACGCCUGGUCGCGAGCCUAGCGAACAGCGAGAGCUCUUCGGCCGCGUCCAGGCAUCUAGUCCGCUUGAAACGCCUUGCAUUGAGCAGGCGCAGGCCUGGCUUUCUGAUUGUACGCAUAGUCACGCACUGUGCAAUCAGGUGCCGCCUUCGCAACAUCUACCCACCAGGGUCUUGGAUGUGAGCCACGAGCCAGACAAGGUCUACUUGAUUAAUGGUCAAACGCACUCAGGCAAGUACGCCGCGUUGUCUUAUGUUUGGGGUACAGAGCCGACUUUGAUCCUUACGGAGGAUGAUCAUAACGGCAAAGGAACGUUAGAGAAUUUCUACGCUGGCCUCGCACUACCACAACUUCCGGGAACACUUAAGGAUGCAGUAAUUACUACCCGCAUAUUAGGCCUUCGAUACCUUUGGAUUGAUGCAAUGUGCAUUAUCCAAAAUUCUGCGCAGGAUUGGGCAGCGGAAGCCGGACGGAUGAGCCAGGUCUAUCGCGGGGCUGCGGUAACUAUUGAGGCAGCGUCUGCUUCCAGGGCCGGUGACGGAUUCUUGCGGCCACGCGUAAGCUCGAAACCGUACGUCGAGCUUGAGUGGCGAUCGUCGUCGGCCGAAGUACAGAGCGUGCAGAUGCGCCCCAUCUACGAUAUAUCGGAGACACAGCUCACGAGUACUACCAUCUUCUCGCGUGGGUGGACCCUACAAGAGCGACUGCUUGCGCCCAGAACGCUGAGCUUUGGUGAGCAGCAAAUAUCUUUCGAAUGCGCUGAAGGCUACAAAGACGAGGCGGGAAGGCUGGCCAUGCUGCCACAGAGCACAGAAUACUACUUGCUCAAGCGAAGCAUGCUUGACAUCCGGCAGAGCCAAGGCGUCAUCUUCUCUACCAUGCGCUGGCUCGCAGCGGCUCUGGGGUUACCUCGCUUUCAGCUCUACACUCCAUUCGGCCUGUUUGAGACUCACCGUAAACUCCUCAUCUACCGUGAUCUGUACGCCUCUUAUGAUCUCUACUGGCGGCUCAUUAUCGAAAGAUUCUCCGACAGACAAUUAACACACUCAAGAGACCAUUUACCUGCGCUAUCUGGGCUUGCAGCUGAAUUGCAGCGUGCCACCGGUGACACGUACUGCGCGGGCUUCUGGUGGAGCGACCUGUUGCCUUCGCUUGCCUGGCGCACGAGCCAACUCAUUAAUGCGAAUGGCAUCCAAGCGGACGGCUAUCUGCCGAACUCAAAUUAUCUGGUUGAUGAUUGGCCAGCUGGUAUCCGUGCAACUGAGUACGUGGCACCUUCGUGGUCAUGGGCAUCUGUUCGGAGCCCUGUGAGAUGUUUUAAUGAGCGUGGUCAGCUAGGCCAGCAUACACCUCUCGCAAGAGUUCUUCGAGUGGACCUGAAGCCUCGCUUUCUGGACCGCUUUGGCCUGCUGGACCACGGCUACCUGGACAUUAAAGGCCCUGUCCUACCAAUUCCUGAUAUCUUCCGCCCUUGUCUAGCUGGAUAUCAGCACCCUAACCUCCAUCAAUAUGUGCGCCAGCAGGUAUUGCUCGACAACGAUAGGGCGUCCGAAGUGUACCAACAUCACCAAGACCUUGAAGGGGGAGAACAGCCGGAGUAUGCGCUGUUAAAGCUGUUGACUUGGAAUAGUAAGCUGUAUAAGGAGCCAGGUACUCAACUAGAAUGCUUGCUUCUCGAAAGCUGUGAUCCCGAUUGCAGUAAAUGGAGGCGGCUUUGCCAACUGACAGUGGAGAUGAGUGGGUUCCUUCUCGCUAUCGAAGACUUCCUUCGGCGACAGCAAAUGGUGACUUUCAAGCGGGACCUGGGAGGCAGCAGCUACGAUCCGUCUGAUGACAGAGCCGAUGCGACACGCCGACAACAUAUAGCCCUUGAUAUAGCUAACGCGGAGUGGAAGACGCAAGUGCUUCGCUUGUGCUGAACGUAUUUGCCGCUGGGCGUGCUGGGCGUGCCAACUUGGCAGCGAGGUGUUGUCGAGCCUCCGGACUGAGCAAAUGGUUCUCUCCACUCCUCCAUGCCGUAGCGAAGAUGAUCACUCAAUCUGUAUUGUGCUGAAGACCU